UCCAAAAAGUUGCUUUGUCUUCGUUUUCUCUUUCUGACAUUCUCAAGAGCGAGUUUCAGGGUCUUUUGCGAUCUUCGUGCUCUUAGUGGUUCCGAUUGUUUCUCUUGUUUCAAUUUGUCCGCUUCUCACUCACUCUUUUGGUUUCUCUUUCUUCACAUUCCCUCGUCCUCUAUUUCGGACCCAUUUGAGCCAAUCUCUCUUCCAUUUCUAAUUUCUAGUCAAUUCAAAUCCUAUCCCCAUCCUUUGAUCUAAAGUUUAGAACUUGUUUUCUGGGUAUGCAAGAUACUCACAUAUGCAGUUAUGGGGUGCCAUCAAAACAACAACUUUGGAUGACAUCUUGGGUUGCUAACUAACUACUUUUGUUGUUGUUGUUGUUGUUGCUAUUGAUUUUGUAAUAGAAAAUAAUAAAAGAAAGGCUUGUGGGGGAGGUGCAGUGGAUUACACAGAUCUGCACUUUAUGGCCAUGUGUCUAUAUUCUAUUACUACAUAAACGAGAGAAAGAGAGAGAAAAGGGGUGAUUUUUAUUUUAUUUUUUUAAAAUGGUUUUGCAAUUAAAAAAAAUAUAUCAUUCUUAUCUUAUCCUUACCUUGAUUGAUGAGGGAAGAAGCUGAGUCACUACCAUUUAGCAAUUUCAAUUUCUGAAAAGGGGUGUAAUUGUGUUCUGUUGUGGGUAGUGUAAUAGUUCAUAUCAUAACAGGUUUGAGAGGCUUAAGGAGGAGUUGGGGAUUGUGAAGGAUUUGAAUUUUGUUGGUUUUCACAAAAGGGUGUUGUGACGGAUUCAUCAAGAGAAGAAAGCGGGUGUUCAGGUGGUCUGGAGUGCAUUUUGGGCAUUCUCAGGGCCCUUAAGAUGGGGUCCUGCUUUUCUGCUGAAAGCAGGAGCCCUCACCCCACUUCACCCUCCUCAGCUUUCAGGAAGAACAAGAAUUCCAAAAAGAGAUUUGGAUCAAGAGCCACUUCCUUUGAGUAUUGGAGGAAUGAGCCCCUUCAUAGGAUCCCUGGUAGGAUCUUCCUCAAUGGCUCCACCCAAGUUGCCUCCUUGUUCACUCAACAAGGCAAGAAGGGCACCAAUCAAGAUGCCAUGAUUGUUUGGGAGAACUUUUGUUCUAGACAAGAUACAAUCUUCUGUGGAGUUUUUGAUGGUCACGGUCCAUUUGGUCACAUGGUUGCGAAAAGAGUGAGGGAUUCUCUUCCUCUAAAACUGAAUGCCCAUUGGGAACCUAGUAUGCCUGGUGAGGAAGUCCUCAAGGAGAUUAGCGUUAAUAAUGCAGGAAGCAUGAACUCAGAAGAGGCCACAUUUGUAUCCGCUGACGAGGAAUCCAGGGCAUCCAUUGAUGUUGAAGAAAUAGAAAAACACCCAGAAAUCUUUCAGACACUCAAAGAGUCCUUUUUGAAGGCAUUCAAAGUUAUGGAUAGAGAACUGAAGAAUCACCAAACCAUUGAUUGCUUCUGUAGUGGGACAACAGCAGUAACUCUGGUUAAGCAGGGUUGUGAUCUUGUUAUUGGAAAUGUUGGCGACUCUAGAGCUGUGCUGGGUACAAGAGAGAAAGAUGAUUCUCUUGUUGCAGUCCAGUUAACUGUGGAUCUAAAACCCAAUCUUCCAGCCGAAGCAGAGAGAAUUCGCAAAUGUAAAGGACGUGUUUUUGCACUUCAGGAUGAACCUGAAGUUGCUCGAGUCUGGUUGCCAAAUAAUGAUUCCCCCGGCCUUGCCAUGGCAAGGGCAUUUGGAGAUUUUUGUCUUAAGGAUUUUGGUCUGAUAUCUGUUCCAGAGGUAUCAUACAGAAGACUCACUGAGAAGGAUGAAUUUGUUGUCUUGGCAACAGACGGGAUUUGGGAUGUGCUAUCAAACAAAGAAGUGGUAGACAUCAUAGCAGCCGCGCCAAGGCGGUCCACAGCGGCUCGAUCACUGGUUGAGUCAGCAGUUCGAGCUUGGAGAUAUAAAUAUCCAACUUCCAAAGUGGAUGAUUGUGCUGUGGUUUGCCUCUUUCUGGACUCAAACAUGGAACAACAAAUAUCAAGUGCUUCUCAUGCUAAGUCCAAAGAGCAGGCUAGUUCAGGGAUCCAAGUGAAUGGGGAUGACGGGGAAGAUGUUUCUGGACCUAAUGUUCUGGUAAGGUCAGGAACUUGCAGGGGAAGCAAUGGUACUAAUGAAGAAAGCAACGAAGAAGAAGUGUGCAAGGAAGAAGAAGAGGAGGAGGAGGAGAUAGAUGCUGAGUCAGAAAAAGAAUGGUCUGCUCUUGAAGGAGUAUCUCGUGUAAACACAUUAUUAAAUCUUCCAAGAUUUGUACCUGACAAAGAAGACAAGGAUGCUGCUGGAAUCAGAAAACGCAAAUGAGAUGAAAUUAUUGAUUCAAGGAAGGAAUAUUAUUGAGUUGGUCCUUUUACUUUUUCUUUUUUUCAUCAUUAUUAUAGAAUAUAGAUACAUACCUUUUUUCUUAUGUUGUUCUUUUCACAUUUCUUUCUAGUUUUUAUAUAACCUUGUUCCCACCCAUUGUUUUGGUCUUAAAUUUGAAGUGGAGAGGAUGGCCGGGCUAUUUUAGUGAGUCUGGAAAUAAGUCCUUCCUCUCUUUGUGUGCUUAAAAUUUUUGUAAAAACAAAC